AUGGCUUUCUAUUUGACCGGCCAGAACCAGGAGUGGGAGCGCAGCCAAAGCAGCCUGCUUUUGGCCUUGGGCCUCUCGAUUUUCUUGGUGUACGUGAUCAUGGCGGCGCAAUUCGAAUCUCUGUUGCACCCACUGGUGAUCAUGUUCACGAUCCCCUUGGCGUUUUUGGGCACCUUUUUGGGCUUGCACUUGCUGAGCAUCAACCUCUCGAUUGUGGUUUUUCUCGGCAUGAUCAUGCUCGCGGGCAUCGUGGUCAACAAUGCGAUCGUGAUGGUCGACUACACCAAUACCCUCAAACGGCGAGGCAUGUCCCGGGAAGAAGCGGUGAUCACCGCCGGCGGUGUGCGCUUGCGCCCGAUUCUGAUGACCACCGCCACCACGGCCUUGGGUCUCUUGCCCAUGGCGAUGGGCCUGGGAGACGGUGCCGAGAUCCGCCGCCCCAUGGCGAUCGCCGUGAUCAGCGGUCUGAUCAUCGCCACCGGCUUGACCCUUUUGAUCAUCCCGACCAUUUACUCGUUGGUGGAUCGUCUCCAAUCCGCCCUGCUCGGGCGCUCCGAGUCCUCCGCCCGAGCCGACUCCGAGCCUGAAACCGCCGACGAAUCGUCGUUGUCGCCCCGAGCCGAAAGCCCGAUGCCCGACCUCCAGGACCAUCCUGCGACUUAG